AUGGAGAAUAAGCCGAUUGAUGGAACGAGCGAUCUGUUUUGCUAUGAUUUCGAUCAGAGCUGUCGAUGGCGAAAUCUGGAUAGUUUGCUAAUUGAUGAGCUAGACUGGUUUCGUGGCACUGGAUAUCUGGACAGCAAUCGACUCAAGCUAGCCGGUGCUAAAGCAACACUUGUCAGUGAUGUGAUAACCUGUCAGUUGGGACCAGGCGAACUUCGAUUUAUGUACUGGAUAAGUCCGGAAGUGCGGCUAACUGUGUGCUUGAAACGUACCAGUCGACCGUAUCCUAGUUUUGACCUCUGCACGACUCCGAUACGUGGAGGUAGCCCGGGUCCCGCACAUAUCAACAUCGCUGACCUUGAAAGACAGCCUUUUCAAAUUUUCAUCCAAGCGGACAAUUUUGUGUUCCGAUCAGCCAAUCUCGAAGGCGGUUUCGCGAUCAUUGAUAAUAUUGAAUAUUACGGCGAUCUAUGCUCUGAUGCAGCAAUGCUUCCGAGUGUUCAGUUUUAUCAGAUAUCAUUGAUAAUUCUCCCCUACAAAAUGAGGCAUCCUUCAAGACUGGGACUUUUAAUCAAAAUGAUGUUUCAUAGCCAAAAUGCCGGUAUCGAUUAUUUUCCUGAAAUUAUCUUUGCGCGAUCGGUGGAUAAUGGCAAACGAGAGGGAGUACUUAUACAACGGGAUGAGAAUCCUGGCGCCACUUCUUCGACAGCAAAGUCGGCCUGUGAUGUGUUACAGUGUACAUUCAAUGAGAGCAGCAGUUGCUCCAUGGAUCUGACAAAUUCAAUGUGGACAAUUGCACAUGGUGAUACCAAGAAUACUGGGAUACUUGGCGACGCUUCCAGCUUACCGUACAAUCCAGAAGGAUCCUUCGCAUAUAUUGCUGGUCCAGUUGCAAUUGCUCGCCUGCAAACCUCGUCAUUUCAAGCGACUGAUGACUUCAAUUUCGUUUUCGCAUAUCAUAAAGCCUCAAAUAGUAGUUCGAAAUUUCGGGUGUUUGCCAAAAUUCAGAAUCAGCCCCAGGAAACGAUCAUUUUUACGAUAGCUGUCGAAGUCAAAGACUUAAGUGACGGUGAAUAUAUUGGAAUUGACGAAUUUAUGGUACUUGAUUCGAAGAAAAGGCCAGCUUGCUUAUCAUAG